AUGGCCCAUCUCACCAGAAGCGCAAAGUCUGGGAGUGACUGGACGAUAAACGACUUGGAGGCGUAUAACAUCAACACUUUCUUUGGAGGGCCUCUUCUCGCUUACCAUGGUCCAGCGGACUUUCUUCAGCACCAAUGUGGAACGCCAGGCCGCGGACUUGAUGCCGCAUCGAGUCCACUUCUCAAGCGCUUGGAUUUGGCAGCCCCCGUCACUGAAGGGGAAGAAUCUGCUGUGGUCGGUUUUACCGCUGAGCUGCUACGCUUCCUAGGGUAUGAAAGGCAGGAUACUAUGGUUCGCACCCGGAAGAAUCUUCGUCUCCUUAUAUGCGACGAGUUUGUCUAUGCGCAAACAGAUGUCUGUCUUUUGAACAUUGAAACAUUAUCGGCGUUGCUGCUUCUGAUUGCACAAGCCAUCGCUGCAUUCCAGGAGAACAACAAACGGCGAGCCCGAUUGUUCCUCAAUUCGUUGCCAGUCCAAAUCAUACCAGGUAUCACCAUGGUUGGUACCUUCCCGACUUUCUAUAAGAUCGCCGUGACGUCCGAACUUGAUCAUUCUAUCCGACAUGGCCAAUAUCCAGCUACUGAGACCGUUGUUUAUUGUCACACCCCGCGUGUACCGUCAAGGCACAGGAGCGAAGGCAUGCAUUCUCUACCCAAUCGUGAGCUUCUUGUUCGUUGCUAUGAGGCUUUCAAGUCUAUUGUGCUGCGAGAUGAAGUGAUAGCUCGUAGUGUAGUCCUUUCGACGAAUACCAAGGGCGUUUGAUAUAAUUUGUUCAUGUACAAAUAUAUGUUCCGCUCUCGCGAAGCUAGCGUGGACAAUCUGAUUCCAUCUUUGACAGUUUCUUAUACUUUGCGCAAGAAUGACACGACAUCAAUUUCGACAGCAGCCUAUCUGACCCUGUGAGCUUGGGAGAUUCGGAGAUGUGAGUGUGUCGAAAUCUUAUCUGGUUCGCUUCGCGGACC